UACAGCCUUUGAAAAAAAAUAUGUAAGAGCUUGUGACGUAGAAUGCCUUUACUAGAGUCUAGUAAUUUUUGUGAAUUCGACAACAUCGGAACUGAUCAAGAGGAUAUAGAACUUGAAACAUAAAUGCAUUUAUGUAUUUAUGUUCCAAGAUACAGAAUUAUAUCUUCCUGAAACCGAUGACAGUUUCUGACAUUGUUUUAAACGUUCUUGUCAGAUCGUUAUAACUUGUGGAAAUGGAGUCGAAUUUUUCAAAAGCAAGUAGUGAAAAUUUACCACCGGUAAACUAUGUAAUGAUUCACGAAUUUUUUUCUCGUAAUACUAAUUAUUUGAGUGUUGAGAUGAAAGGAAUGAAAAAUAUGAAAGCCGCUAGAUCAGGCUAUGGUGAUGAUGCUGUGGGUUAUGUGCAGUUGAAGAGGGAGAACUCUAUUUGUUUAAUUAAGGGCCGUAUAGUUCCCGAGCACAAAGUACGGAGCAAACCAUAUUUUGUUGAAGCUACUAUCGACGAAAGUACUGAUGAAAUAAAAAAUUGUGUCUGUGAAAGUUGUGUAGCCUCUCAAGGUAUGUUUCAGCACCUAAAGUAUCAUUUUGGAGCAAAGGUCAACUGAUUUUCAAAUUUUUAGGUGGAUGCAAGCAUGCUAUUGCAUUUUUAUAUUGGUUGCUUCGUCGAACUGACGAAAAGAGUCCCACAUCUGUGGAGUGUUAUUGGAAAAAGCCAAAACUUGCAAAUGUUGGCACGAGUUUGAAACACAUCAAAGCAUCUGAUUUGAAACCAAUUUAUGAAACACAACAGCAUAAUCCGCCAACAAACUUUUUAGAGAAAAUUGUUGACAAAUGUCGCGACGAAAAAAAAUCUUGUCAAUUAAUGAACUAUUUUGAGAUUCCCUAUAUUAAGAAAUUGACUAUGCAUCACUUGGCGAUAUCAUUCAAGAAUAAAACCCAAAAUGUAGAGACAUUUUUAGAGCAUUGUCAAGGAUUUUUAACUACAGAAGUGUGUCAAAAAAUAUCCUUUUUAACUAGAGAUCAGUCAAAUAAUCCGAUGUGGUAUGAAAUGAAAUAUGGGAGGAUUACCGCAUCGAAAAUUUAUGAGGCAUCAGUUUGCAACACCCCACUAGGAGUUCUGACCGAAA